AUGGGAAACAUUUGCGGCAACAAUGCAGACUGUUUUAAGCAUGAUGAAGACAUACGAUCCUUUGACACCGAAGUCAAAGGUAAAGUGAUACAAAUGUUCGACAGCUUGAACAGUAGUGGAUCUUUUCCAACUGAUUUAUGUAAUUAUUACGUGCGGCAUGUGAGGGAUUGGAACCAGAAGAGUGGGGAAUUAGUCUUCAUACUGCAAAAGGAUAUCGAAGGGGUGAAGGGCAAGCAGAGUCAGAGGAGGAGGAAGAAAAACCUCAGAUUUCAGAAAGUUGUGGACGAGUUCGUACACAAUAGCCGGGAGAUGCUGGAUUUAUUAUCUGAAUUGGAAAAGUUUAUAAAAUCAGCUGACAAAACCCAUAAGUCUAUUGAAGCUGUGGUUAGAGAAUACUUUGAUAAACAGGGAAACCCUACUGAUGAUCACUACAAGAGGAUUGCUCAGAAACUGAAGGAUCUCAAAGCCGGAACCAAUAACGAGCAUUUCACUAAAAGCGUACUCCCGAAAAUUGAACGUUUGCUCAAUAUGCAAAGUGAACUGCUUAAGAAGUUGAACAGCGAGAAAUUGAAGCUUGUCAAGAAGCAGCAGAUCACGGGUUAUUGGAAAAAGACCGUGGAUAUGCUAUACAUCGCUGGUGGGGCAGCGAUGUGUCUUUGCGUGGUGGCGACUGCAGUUUUAGCUUCUCCUUCUGCUUUAUCAAUAGCAGCAAUUACACUAGCUCUUGCUGCUGGUGCUGGAGUGGCAUUUGCCGGACAGCAAUGGACCUCCUCUUUUUGGAAAGAAUAUCAAGAUCAUUUAAAAGCUGAGGAGAGACUAGUUGACCAAAUGCAUGUAAGCAAUAGGGCUGCAAGUAAAGGGUUGGGCAACAUUAAGCACUACUGUGAGAUGGUUGCAGAUGACAUUAAUUCACUCUUCGACCAACAGGACUUUGGAAAUUCUGAGAAACAAAUAAAUAAUGUCACAAUGCAGGAUAUUCAGAACAAGUUGGAGCCAUUUAAAGAGAAAAUUAAGACAUUGGGAGGCGAAGUCGACAAGUGCAGAACCGAACUAAUGGAGACAAGGGAUGAAGUUGCAAAGGCUGGAUCAACAGCUCUGAUUAAGAUAUAA